AGAAGAGAGAGGAGACCAUUUACACCGGCUGCCUAGGAAAUGCAGAAAAAGGGAAAACGCUAAAAUAUGGCAACAUCAAAACGAUAAGGUCAUGACGCCGAACUGAAGGAUAAAGAAGACGGUGAAAGCCAAAAGUGAAUUGAAGAUUUACUGGGUGUCCUAAAUGGGGGACUACGGGUUUGGAGUUCUGGUGAAGAACAGCAGCGGUAACAAAUCUGCUUUCCCUGUAAGGAUCCCUCCUCACCUCCAACCCCAGCACCCUCACCACCCCUCCAACCCCCCCAGCCCCCCUUCCUUCGUAAACAACACCUGCUCCACCAAUGGGGGCAGUGCUUGGCUGUUCCCUGCUGUAGCCCAACACAGUAACAUGCAAGAUGAGAUUCUGGAGUCAGACAAGUCCAAGGCCUUGGACCUCCAGGACAUGCAAGAGAAGUCUCAGGUCCAGGCCCAACCCCAGGCCCUGUCUCCUGGCCAGCAGGAGGCUGGGGGAGGCCUAGGAGAGAUUGAGGGAGCUCUUCCUGAAGACGGCUCAUUGGAGAAGGGCUCUUUGGAGAGCAGUGGUGGGAAGGAGAAGCUCAGGAUUGAGUCCCCGGUGCUAAGCGGGUUCGACUACCAAGACAGCCUGGGAAUGGGUACGAGCUGUGCACAAUCCACCUCCUCGUCAUCCUCGUUGACCAGUUUUAACAACUGGUCUCCUGCUGUCCCAUCCACCCAGUCUCCAGUGGUAGGGGAAGAUGUCGGGUUCUUUGGCCCAGCUGGCUCAAAUGCCAAUGGACCUCCCCUGCUGUUCCAGAACUUCUCCCACCACGCCGGGCCUGGCUUUGGAGCAGGAGGUAGUUUUUCCCCGCAGAUUGGACCAGUCUCCCAGCACCACCCACCCACACCUCACCCCCAGCACUACCACCCUCAUGGUCAGGGGGUUCCUCAGCAGCACCGGCGCUCCCCAGCUAGCCCCCACCCACCCCAGCCCUCCUUUCCUCCUCAUCCCCAUCGCACUGGACCGUUCACCCAGCUGCCCCACCUCGCUCCUGCCCAGAGCAAACCCCCUUCACCUUGGGGAAGCUACCAGAGCCCCUCCACUCCCACAUCCACCUCCUGGAGCCCCGGUGGGUACGGUGGCUGGGGUGGCACACAGGGGGUUCGAGAGUACAGGCGGGGGGUAGGUGGAGGGAUGACGGGUCUUAACUCAAUCUCCCCGCUGAAGAAGUCCUUUCCUAACAACCAGGUUCCCUCUCAGAAGUUCCCCAGAAAUAACUCUGCCUUCAAUCACAAGGCCUGGGUGGAGGACAGUAUGAGCCGCAGCGACAGUGUCUACCCGUUCCAGCAGGAGAGAACACGGUCCUUUGAUGGUUUCAGCAUGCACUCUCUGGAGAACUCUCUGAUUGACAUUAUGAGGGCUGAGCAGGAUUCCUUGAAAGGACGCUACAGCUUCUCUCACCAGGGUGGAGACGGGCCUCUACCUAUGAAUGCGAGAAGUUAUGGCAGAAGACGAGGCCACUCGUCUCUGUUCCCCAUGGAGGACGAGCGCUCCUUUGGAGAGGACGAGUCAGGUGACCAGGGGCUUGCUGGCCUUGGUUCAGCCCACUGCUUCCCCCAUCUCAACGGUGAACGCGUGGAGCGAUAUUCUCGCAAGGUGUUUGUUGGAGGGCUGCCCCCGGACAUAGAUGAAGAUGAAAUCACUGCCAGUUUCCGCCGAUUUGGUCACUUGUUUGUUGACUGGCCCCAUAAGGCAGAGAGCAAGUCCUAUUUUCCACCAAAAGGAUAUGCAUUCCUGCUGUUUCAAGACGAGAGCUCUGUUCAGGCCCUGAUUGAUGCCUGCAUUCAGGAGGACGGCAAGCUGUACCUGUGUGUCUCCAGUCCCACCAUCAAAGACAAGCCUGUCCAGAUCCGGCCCUGGAACCUAAAUGACAGUGACUUUGUAAUGGACGGCUCUCAGCCAUUGGACCCGAGGAAAACGAUCUUUGUAGGAGGUGUCCCUCGUCCCCUGCGUGCAGUGGAGCUUGCCAUGAUCAUGGACCGUCUGUAUGGGGGAGUAUGUUACGCUGGGAUUGACACAGACCCUGAACUAAAGUAUCCAAAAGGGGCGGGGCGAGUAGCCUUCUCCAAUCAGCAAAGCUACAUUGCAGCCAUUAGUGCCCGAUUUGUUCAACUGCAGCACGGGGAGAUAGAUAAACGGGUGGAAGUGAAGCCAUAUGUCCUGGACGACCAGCUGUGUGAUGAGUGCCAGGGCACCCGCUGUGGGGGGAAGUUUGCUCCUUUCUUCUGCGCCAACGUGACCUGUCUGCAGUACUACUGUGAGUAUUGCUGGGCAGCCAUCCACUCUCGGGCCGGCCGCGAGUUCCACAAGCCGCUGGUGAAGGAGGGAGGGGACCGACCACGACACAUCUCCUUUCGCUGGAACUGAGGCGAGAGGGCAGGGGAGGGAGACAACG